AUGGGAACCGAAGGAUUCUGGCUUUUCGAGGGUCUCGAAGAGGAGCCCUAUGGUCUUCUGCCACUUCAAAAUCUUAGCGGAAAAGGUGGUCCAACUAGCACCAAAUAUGUCGAUCGCGUUGGAUCAUAUCAAUGGUAUUUGAACGACGAGACGCCGACAAUUCUGAUUCCUGGAAUGCCGGUCGAAUCGUUUUAUUGGCCUGGCGGCAAACUUCAGCAAGAUCAUGGUGUUGUCAUCUAUGAUGUCAAUCAUAUGAAAAUUCGCGAUGGCUCGCUUGACGCUAUUAUAAUUGCGGCUCGAGCGCUCAGCGAGAAAAAGAAGAAGCCCAUCGAUUUUUCGCAAUUCCAAUUCAUCACAGACGCCGUCAAUCUUCAAAAGAUUUUCGCGUUUUGUAAUGAAGCUGGUGAAGGAUUGUUCCGAAUCGAUUGCGAACGCGUUGGAAAGACGGUUCUGAUGACGAGAAUGGAAGCAUCGGAUCUGAUGGAAAUCGGGCAUGUGACGUUCGAUCAGAAUUUGAAGGCGAAAAUGACGCGGCCACGCGGCGCACACUCAACGGGUCCAUUUUUCCAACUUGUUGCCUACCAAUUUGGAAAUUUCCGAAUGCUGGUGAGAUACGAGGUUGAUUGCGCCGAUUAUGCGGCCGUCAAAUGUGUUCCGGUUCCUGUCGACAAAUCGGAAGCGCUUCCGGAGCGCAAACAAAGCGAUUUGAAUCCGAACGUGAAGCUCGUCAACUACGGCGAAGUGCCUCAUGAUGUACCGCUUCAAUUGCUAACCACUUAUCCGCAAGGUGCCGGCUUCCCAUAUUUCACGUGGGCUCAUCUCAUGUUCACGAACGCUAACAAUGAGCUUCUCGGUUGGUUCAAAGGAAAUGGAGAUUUCGGCAAACCGGCGCCAUACACACUUCAAGAUGUUUCCAAAAUGAUCAAGCCGCUUCCAUUGGUCUCAUUAUGCAAAGUGCACGAUUGUCUCGACAAGAUCUACAAAUUCCUGACGAAAAAUGAUCCAAUGUUCCGUUGCGCGCUUGUUUGGAAAGGAAAACCUCACUUGGAAAUUUUCGCGAAACACGAGGACACCGACGGCGGCGUGACGAAAGGUGUUCGCGAUUUUCUCGCCACUCAAUGCAAAGAUGACGAAGAACCGAGCGCUGAAUAA